UUCUCAAACAAGUUUUUUGGUUGCAAAAGUAAAAAUACUUUUCGCGCCUCUCUAACGCUCUUUGAAUCCCUACCCCUUUUCCCCUUCUCUCCCAAAUUCUCUCAAUUUUCCCAAUUACUUUAGAGUUAAGAAAUUCUCAUUUUAUUUUUGUUCUCGCGAGCCCUUGUUGUUCUUUCUUCUAAAAAAAAAGAUUGAAUCUUUAAAAGAAUGGAGCAACAGCGACUUGAGAAAACAGCACAACAACAAGACGAAACCGAAGAGAUUCAACACGGCCCUUUACCCAUCGAGCAACUUCAGGCAUCUGGUAUAGCCGCAAUUGAUGUUAAAAAGCUUAAAGAUGCGGGUAUUUGUACUGUUGAAUCUGUUGCUUACACUCCUAGGAAGGACCUUUUGCAAAUCAAAGGUAUCAGUGAAGCCAAGGUUGACAAAAUUAUUGAAGCAGCUUCUAAGCUGGUGCCUAUGGGUUUUACUAGUGCCAGUGAGCUCCAUGCCCAACGAGAAUCGAUUAUUCAGAUAACCACUGGAUCAAGAGAGCUUGACAAGAUAUUGGAAGGUGGAAUUGAGACGGGUUCUAUCACCGAGUUGUAUGGUGAAUUUCGAUCUGGGAAGACUCAGUUGUGUCACACUCUCUGUGUCACUUGCCAAUUGCCACUAGAUCAAGGAGGAGGUGAGGGUAAAGCUAUGUACAUAGAUGCUGAGGGAACAUUUAGGCCUCAGCGACUCUUACAGAUAGCAGAUAGGUUUGGACUGAAUGGUGCUGAUGUAUUGGAAAAUGUUGCUUAUGCUAGAGCAUAUAACACUGAUCAUCAAUCACGACUUCUUCUUGAAGCAGCUUCAAUGAUGGUGGAAACAAGGUUUGCUUUAAUGAUAAUAGACAGUGCUACUGCUCUCUAUAGGACAGAUUUUUCCGGAAGGGGGGAGCUUUCAGCCCGGCAAAUGCAUUUAGCGAAGUUCCUGAGGAGCCUUCAGAAAUUAGCAGAUGAGUUCGGUGUGGCUGUUGUGUUAACAAACCAAGUAGUUUCACAAGUAGACGGAUCUGCAAUGUUUGCUGGACCCCAAACCAAGCCUAUUGGAGGCAACAUUAUGGCUCAUGCUACCACAACAAGGUUAGCUCUUAGGAAAGGAAGAGGGGAAGAGCGCAUCUGUAAAGUGAUUAGUUCUCCUUGUUUGGCUGAAGCUGAAGCAAGAUUUCAGAUUUUAGGCGAAGGUGUUUCAGAUGUUAAAGACUGACUGAGCAAUUUUAACAUUGUCCGAAGCCUUGAAUUUUAUAGCUUUUGUUUGUUUGUUUGUGUCCUUUUGCUAAUUGUAAAUGACGAUUUCCAAAAGCAUCCAGUGUCUAAUUUUGCAACAAUGUUCAGUUUCUGCAAUAACUUUUUGCACUGUUGAUUGUGUAGCUAAGUUAGAAUGUCUUGAAGAGAUUCACUUACUGAAAUAUUUUUUCAGAAAAAUAUUUCAAAGGUGUGAUAUACUACCUUGGUAGUCCACAACUUUUGAUAUUUUCAAAAGUUACAUAUCGAAGUUUUUUUGUUGUUGCUGAACUA